AUGAACAAACCAAAUGAAAAUAAAGAGCAAGGCAAUGUUGGUUUACGGAUGAAAGUAUUUGAUGGAGCUAAAUCUUCAAUAAAUGACUUAACACAAGCAUCAAGUUCCUAUGUAUGGUUAAGAAGAAUUAAAGAAAUAUUUCUUGUUAUAGGCAAAGAUGAGAGUGAUCCAUUUGCUAUUUUCGAUAAGGAAAUAGCCCGGAAAGAUAUGAUAGAAGCAUGUGAAAAAUAUAUUCAGAGCGCAAAACCAACCUUGUCCAACAUUGACGAGGAGCUCACAAAAGAGGAACAAGAGGAACUUCGAGAAGUGGAUAGACAGAAACGUCAAAUAUGGAAUGUUCAAAAACUCUAUGCUGAAACAUUCAAAAUGUCUUAUUGUAAAGACACCAGGGCAAAUCCGUUGACUGAACGGAAAGAUGAAGCAUUGUCAAAGUUUUCGAGCGAUCCAGACGAUAUAAAAAUGAAUAAGGUAAUGUUCACUUAGAAUAUGUUCAUGCUCUGCUGCUUUUUGAAUGAAAAAUAUCUUACUAUUUUUGCUCAUCCUCAUCCUGUAAAUUAAUUAUAAGAUAUUUUCUAUUGUACUGUGGUCGUAUUUGACAAUGAUGUAUGAUGACAAUAGUUUUCGGAUUCAGUAAUAUGAGAUAUAUUUAAGGAUUUUAUCUUACUCCCGGGCUAUUGUGUGCAGGUUAGGAUAAAAAUUGCCUAACAGCAAGAGCCCUUUGAAUAAUUCAAUUAAUAGCAUUCGAAUGAAUAUGUGAAUAUAGCUUCUUAUACCUGAACAACAAUGAUAUUUGAAAUCGGUGCGAAAAACUGAGUUGAACGCGUUUGCAAAAGAUUUCCGAACUAAUUGUUUUUCGUCACAAAGUAGGCAACCUAUUUCUUUUUAAACGAAAAAUAGUAUGAAAAAGUCUUGCAAUCAAAAUGUAUGUCGUAAAGUUCUCUAUCGAAACGUUGUACUUUUAAGUCUAUCAAGAAUCUUGUAAAAUCCGAGAGUUAUGACAAAUAAUUGAAAACUAAAAGAUGGAUGCUAUAAUUGUGCAACGUGAUUUUUUCAAUCCAUUUUGGCUUUUUCUCUGUGUUGAUCGUCCUAGAGACGAAACGGAGUGCAAGAGAAUGUAUUACACAUGUGGCUAUUUGUAUUAUAAAGUCGUUUGAAAAAAGAUUUAGUAUUUAAAAAACUACAUCAGUUCGGGUGGCAUUCAUCCGGAGAAUCUCAUAAUUUUGGCAUACCCUUUAAACUUGAAUUAAUGGUGGAUUACUAGAAGUAUACGGUCCAUGUCCGUUAGGAAAUCUAUACUUACGAGGGAACCCCACGAAGUGAUUAAACGCUUUUGCGCGGAAUCUAGUGGGUUAUAGGUUAUCGACCAUGCUGAUUACGAAUACGACCAUGCGGCUUCCGCAUAGCCCUUCGAAGAUCUGGUUUUCUAGAAAAC